UCAUUUCAUACUUCAGUUGUGGUGUUAGGUUUGCCUUUUUCGUGGACAUAUUCACGGAAAUAGGAAUGUUAUUUGCUAAGUGCUGCAAAAAAGUAAUAUAUACUGUUGAUUGACGAAGGACCCACGUGUUUUUGACACACCUGUUUAAUCAAAAACUCAAGAUUCCACCGAAAAACUUAAUCGAACCCAGAGGGUGGCUGCCGAAGGGUCGUAAUUUGGACGAAGCUAGCCCAGAAACUAGCAGCAUUCUUUUACCAUACAACUGGAAGAUCUUCCUAAACGGUGAACCGCCUUGGCUGUGCUAGCAACCAUCUAGGAGAUAAUAAGUCACACUUACCCCAAUAAACCUGUGUAAAUCUGAGCACAGGCUGCCUCGUAAGUAUUAUUAUUAAUUCUUAAAACGUUUGGUUUUCAUGAAACCCAUAAAAUCUUGAUUAUACUCCAAAAACUUUCAUUUGAUGAUGUCUAAUUGCCUAUUUUGUGAAAAAACUCACUUGCAUAUUGAUAACAAUGAGUCACUAUCAACUUUUUGAAAUUAAUUUUUUUUUGUUUGAUUACAGCUUGCUUAUUCCACCGAAAAUAUUUUAUUGCAAUUAACAAAGAAAUCUCAUUAAAAAACCAAAAAUGAAAAUCCCAACUGCUAAUGAACGUAUCCACAUUUUGGAUGGUCAGUCCAACGUUUGGACUAUUAUUAGAGAAAUAGUCAACAAUAAAAGUCAAGAAGAUGCUUUUUACGUUAUGGAUGUCGGAGAAAUCGUGAAAAAGCACCAAGAAUGGUGUGAAAAUUUACCCAGAGUCACACCGCACUAUGCUGUGAAAUGCAAUGACAGCCUGGCAGUUUUGGAAACUCUCAACUCAUUGGGUGUUAAUUUCGAUUGUGCUUCAAAGGGCGAAAUCAACAAAGUGCUCAAUUUGAACGUCGAUCCGGAAAGGAUUAUUUUUGCCAAUCCUGCUAAACCAGCAAGUCAUAUUAGACAUGCCGCUGCUACCGGCGUAUCUACUAUGACAUUCGAUAAUGAAACGGAAUUAUAUAAAAUCAAGAACUUGUACCCAGAUGCCAAGCUGGUUAUACGCAUUCGCUGCGAUGCUACCGACGUCCAAUGUCAACUCGGAAAUAAAUUUGGAUGCGAUGUUGUCACUGAAGCACCAGAACUCCUUCGUAUUGCCAAAUCUUUGAAUUUGAACGUUGUAGGUGUGAGUUUCCAUGUAGGUUCUGGUUGUCGUGAACCUCCAGUUUUUCGUAGGGCUAUAUCGGCUGCAAGAGAAAUUUUUGACUAUGCUGAAACCUUGGGAUACAACUUUUACUUGCUCGAUAUCGGAGGAGGAUAUCCUGGAGGAAGAGGAACUUCAAUCGAUAAGAUAGCAGAGAUUAUAAACCUCGCUUUGGACGACCUUUUCCCCGAUCCUUCAAUUCAUGUAAUAGCCGAACCUGGACGUUUCUAUGUCAGCUCUGCUUAUACUUUGGUGUGUAAUGUCCAUUCAAUUAGGAAUGUCAGCAAUACUGAUCCAGAAACUGGCAACAAUGUAAUGCAUCGUAUGUACUACAUCAACGAUGGAGUAUAUGGUAGUUUCAACUGCAUUUUAUACGAUCACCAGGUAGUAGUACCUCGGCCUUUAGAAGAACGUCUUGGUGCAAGAUAUUACGAUAGCAGUGUUUGGGGUCCAACAUGUGAUGGUCUUGAUCAAGUAACUGAACAUGUUAUGUUACCGGAAAUGAAAGUUGGUGAUUGGUUAGUUUUUGAAGAUAUGGGAGCAUACACUUUACCUGUAGCCAGUCCAUUCAAUGGAUUUCCCAUUCCCAAAGUACAUAUUGUUAUGGAUGAUACUAUCAGAGUUUUGUUGGAAGAUACGUUCAUAGUCACUGAUGGACAUUUUGAAAUGUUAACCAUACCGAACAACUUGAAAAAUAAAACUGAUACCACUUCCAAAUAUGAACUUCCCACAUUUCCAAUAAACAUUGGAAAUUCAAUUUUGGAUUACGUUGACGUCGUUGCUAUUGAAUAAUGGUACAGAUCUGGAUUAUGUUUACGAGCGACUACAAUUGUCGCCACAUCCAUUAACUGAGACCAAUUUUAAAAAAAUAAUUUUCUUUAAGACGAAUAAAUAUAUGGUUACUACAAAUCUUUACUUUUGGCUAAAUGUUUUUCCAAAAUUGAUUAUUGAAAUUUUUCAUCAUUUAACAUACAAUAUAAUAUUUGUUGUAACCAAUUAUUUAAUUUAAAAAUUAUUUCUUUUUAAUAUAUUUUUUAGUAAUUGUCAUUUUGUCAUAAAACUAAGGAUGUAUUUGUUAAUUUGCAAUUAGGAUAUCGAGUUGAAAUUCUAUUUUUAUCCGAUGUUUUUUAUAUAAAUACCGGAUAAAAAUUGUAUUCUCCAACUUUGGUGUGUAAGCAAGGGGGCAGCUUAAAGCUUUUUCAUACACAAAUCAAUGUUUCAUAAUAUCAUUCCCGAUUUAUUUUCUCGCGAUUUUUUCGACUAAAUAUAUUGGGAUUCAUAUUAUAUUCGCUGUUUAGGUUUAGAUUAUAUGCUGAUUAGAAAUAAAGACGUACAUGUGUAA